UACUGAGAAAAGCUUCAAGCUCAGAUAUGGCUUUCCACCAAAGAUCGACAAGUUUGCCUUCUAGGCCUCACGUCAGUGAGACCCAAGUCGAGCAAGAGCUUCUCAGCCUAGAAGCAAGCAUCUCUUCCUCCAAUUCCAUCAGCAUGAUGUGCGAUGGUCUCAGGAGUCUUGCAAACAUCUAUGAUGGUCUUGAAGAGAUUAUUUGCCUACCAAGCCACCAUGUUUUCUCCUCCCAGCAGAGGAACAUGUUGGAUGGAGAAAUGGAAGGUUCUCUUGAGCUGCUAGAUCUUUGCAGCGUCAUGCAAGAGAUCUUCGCCGAGAUGAAGGCCAUCAUCCAAGAGCUGCAAGUGGCUCUAGGGAAAGGGGAUGAUGCAGCUACUCAAGCCAAGAUCCAGUCUUACACCCGCUUGGCGAAGAAGGCCAAGAAUCAUUUCAAGAAGACCGCGAAGAAGACUUCUGUAGAUUGCAGGAUGGUCAUGCUCUUGGCCAAGGCCAAGGAGAUCUCUGUCUCUCUGCUGGGGUCCACACUCCGCCUCUUGUCGAAGCAAAUUGAAAUGCCUAAACAGUCUCUUGUUUUCAAGGCAUUUCACAAAAAGAAGUCAGUUUUCUGCAAGGAAGAGCAAUUGUCGGAGUUAGAGUGCAGUAUCGUAGAUCUUGAGAUCGGAGCAGGACAUCUGUUCAGGAAGUUAGUCCAGAGCAGAGUUUCUCUACUCAACAUCCUUAGCUCAUAGGUACUCCCAAGUCACUCUUGACGACCUCCGAUUGGCAUCCGCCUUUUAAGGAAUAGCUGAUCUUCAUACAAUGUUCCCAUGUGUAUACACUAUACUGUAUAAAUGUACAUGAUACUAUAGAAACAGAAAGAGAAACCAAAGUUUUGAUCCAUCAUCCUUGAAGAUGUGUUUGUGAUCCCAGUAUAGUUUAUUUUUAUGCCCAUGGUUAGUGGAUCUUGUUCCUUAUGUAUGGAACAUGCAAAACCAAAGUCACAUGGUUCCAACCUGCAUUUAACAGAAUCACUCCAACCUGUAUUUAACAGAAUCAUUCAGUUCUAUUAUCCAGAUUCUCCACCACUACCACAUGGUUGUGCAGUCUGGCACUACAAUUGAAUAUAUUUCUUGUUUCAUACAACAGAGUCUGAAUUAGUGCACUCAAAUUUUAACAUCUAUGACAUCUAUAUCAUUCAAGCAUUGAAGGCGACAAAACAACAAAAACAUUUACUUUGAUACCACAACUUUUUGCAUGAUCUACGUAUUAACAAUAAUCCGAGCAAGACCUGAUCUAAACUUGCCAGUGCACAAACCUUUUGUUCGUUUCAAUAAAAUGAUUG